UCGCACACGAAUAAAUAACACGGGAAUUGCCCUGGUGGAGUUUCGGCGCCGCUGGGCUGUAGGGGAGGCCGAGGAAAAAAGAAAAAGAGAGGGAGGCAACAGAUAGAAAAAAGUAGAGCGAUAUGGUACCGCGGGAGCUGAUCGCGUUGGCGACGCUGACGACGCUAAGCGUCGCGACGUCGGCAGCUGCCGUCGCGGCGGCGUCGAUUGACUUCGACCUCGCUGGCGGCGGUGGUGGCGGCAGCGGCAGCGACUACGAGGUGCUGCCCGACACGGAGGAGAGGACAUCGACUGCCGACAACGACGACGUCGCCGGAGGCAGAGGUCAUAGAGCCGGUGGCGAGGUGCGCUGCUACUGCAAUCAGCCGCACUGCGUCUCCCAGGGCUACAUGUGCCGGGGCCGGGGUUGUUUCACGGAACUCCCGCUACCCGUAUUCGGGAGCACGCGCCAGCAGCAGCUCGUCGCUGCGAGUAGACCUGAGCACGCGGCCUACAGCGGCUGCCUCGAGGAGAGCUUCGCCGAGCGACCCUGCCCCCAGGGGAAGCUCUGCUGCGGCCAGGACCUCUGCAAUCACGUGGACAGCCCGGCGAUGAGGAGCCGACUUAACAAGACUCUACAAGUUUUACUCGGCGAGCAGAGGGCAUACUUCGGCUCGAUGCAGCCCUCCGGCCAAGAGGUUCAGACGUCUGAUGGCUGGUUCAAGACGGCGACGAUCGCCGUUCCGAUCUGCGGUUUCGUCGUUCUCCUCAUCCUGGCGAGUCUCGCUAUAAGGCUCCUGCAGCCGGUCCCGUCGCAGGGCGACAAACUCAAUGGCCUAAGGAUGCCGGAGAAUGCGCCGCCUCUCCUUGGCCCACCCAAGCUGCCCCUCGUCUGAGUCACUGCGAGUCUCCCUGCCGA